CCGGACCUCGGGGCCCUAGCAAGGAUCGCGCUGCCCACGGCGCAGGUGUCCUGAAAAAUGGCUGAUGAUAUUGAUAUUGAAGCAAUGCUUGAAGCUCCUUAUAAGAAGACUUGCCUAACGAUAUCUCACCUCUACUCCCAUGAAUUCACCUUUGAUUCCAGUGUGAACUGUCAAUCAUAAGGUAGUAAUUGAGUGACGUAUCGCUGUACCGUGGUCCCCUAGGUUAAAAAAAAACCACCAAACACAAUCAAAACAAAACAAAAGAAAUCCACCCAAAAACCAUCUAAACAAAACCAAAACAAAACCAUAACAAACCCCAGAAACCAAAAUCCUAAAACCUUUCCUCUAAAAUUGUGAAGUCUAGUUUGGUAUAGCAACAAGGUGAAUGCAGUGGUUUGGGAAGACAGCAGGGUUCCAAGAAUAACCUUUUCAUCAGUCCCAUGGCAAGUAAAUAUAUGAACAAUCUGCUCAGUGCGAGAAGAGUGGGACUUGCUUUUAAUGCAGAAGGCUGCAUGCGGUUAAUCUUUCAACAGGGCAGAUGAAAAUCAAUUGCUGAGUGAACGAAUUUACAGAAAUUCUUGGAUCCCUGAAUAGAAUGUUCUUAGCAAGUAAAAGACAGUAUCACAGUCUGCGGUGUCAUUCUAAAAUAAGCUCUUGUAUUCUUCUGUCCUAGUUAUUUAAUUAGGAAAUACCAUUUUUUCUGUGAAAUUUUUAUCAAUUAGCUUAGUGAUGUCUUUCACUUAAACCAGCAGCAAAUGAAUACUGUCUUUUUUUGUUUUCCACCAGGUGGUGGUGAAGUGUUAACAGACUGCAUGCUUUAGCACUGAUUUUGAAAGAAAUGUAAAUAAGUUUAAGUUGCGUAGGAAUUGUACUUUUGAUGUAACCAAUGUGAUUAAACUGUAAAGCCAGUAUAUAAGUUAUAUAGCAGCUAUUGUUAGUCUGUUCUGCAGUGUUUAUUACAACCAUGUCAUGAAUUUUGGAUGAGCAUUUGUAAGUUUUAAGUGGUAUAUUUAGUUUAUGUAAUAUUUAGCAAGCAGUUAUGUUUACAUCUUGAAGAGAAAUUUGUGAACUGUUGUGUUAAAAUUCUUGUGUCCUGGCUUAACAUGGAUAUUUUCCAUGUAAACAGGUAUGGAAAUAGGGAAUGUUUAGGCUGGACUGGUGGAUUAUUGAUGGCUUUCUUGGGAGUCGACGUUACUAAAGCAGUGUGAAUCCCUGUUUGCUUCAGGGCGAGAUGUGUGACAGAGGUGACAUCAAGCUCUUACAACCCUCCAACGAAAAUGAGUGAAGAUCUCGGGAAUGGCAUCGGUCACAGGAAAUCCAUAGUGGCUGGCUGCUAGUGUAGCCAUGGGGCUUAGGCAGAGAUAUAGCCUUGGUACUAAUCAGAGGGGCUUGCAAAAACCUCAGACUUACUAUUAAAUUUUAUAGAAAUAACAUUUAGCCACUUGAGUGCUGAAUUCUACAGGAUAACUUGCUCUCUAAACCAUGUAAGGAAGUAUCUACAAUUUAAUACACACUUUUAAAUGAUGUAAGUCUUGUAUUUUGUAAUUGUAUGACUUAAAUUUAAGCAGCAAAGUGGUUAAACAUGCCUAUCUAAAUUUUCUAAAGCUUUCCACAUUAAACUGUAAGCAAGUAAUUUAGUAUUAAAAUUUUUGUUUUUUAUUUUCUUAUUCCUAUUCCCAUUACCCUUUGACCACUUGAAAUAUUUCCACUUCGUCCUCACGAUGUUCUUCUAUCAACCCUGCUUAGGAUGAGAACAAAUUGAGCAGUGCCAAUGGCCAUGAAGAACGCAGCAAGAAGAGAAAAAAAAGCAAGAGCCGAAGUCGAAGUCAUGACAGAAAGAGGAGUAGAAGUAAGGAACGCAAACGGAGCCGAGAUCGGGAACGGAAAAAGAGCAGAAGCCGGGAAAGGAAACGGAGCAGAAGCAAAGAACGCAGACGCAGCCGGUCUAGGAGUAGAGAUCGCAGAUUCAGAGGCCGCUAUAGAAGUCCCUAUGUUGUACAGGGCCAUAUUUCCCUUGCUUUAACCUGGCCAGCACGGUUUUGGAUCUUGGCCCACUACUUCCACCUGUGUCAUGAGAUGUUUAAAAAAUGGGCAUCCUCCUCUUUGUGGUGGAUGCUGAGUUUAACUAUAAGCAUUACUGCUCCAAUGAGGAGCAAGAAGACGUUUUUCAGACAAAUUGUGUGGCCAAAUGGAUUUAGUGAAAGACUACUUAAUGUCUUCAGCCUGCCGUGUCUUUCAGGGUGUUUCACAUCAAUUUGUAGCCACAGCAGAAAGAAUCAAUUGUGUACAGAUGGAAAGCCAAAGCCCAGUGCACGGCAUUCAGUCUGUGCAGCAGUGCCUCUGCGCUUGGUGGAGAUACAGGAAGAAUGUUAACAGUUCUGGUCCAAAAUUCAACAGUGCCAUCAGAGGGAAGAUUGGUCUGCCUCACAGCAUCAAAUUAAGCAGACGUCGCUCCAGAAGCAAAAGUCCUUUCAGAAAAGACAAAAGCCCUGUUAGAGAACCUAUUGAUAAUCUUACCCCUGAAGAGAGGGAUGCUCGAACAGUGUUCUGUAUGCAGUUGGCUGCAAGAAUUCGACCAAGAGACCUGGAAGAAUUUUUCUCUACAGUAGGGAAGGUUCGUGAUGUGCGAAUGAUUUCAGAUAGAAAUUCCAGACGUUCAAAGGGAAUUGCAUAUGUUGAAUUUGUUGAUGUUAGUUCAGUGCCCCUGGCAAUAGGACUGACUGGACAGAGAGUCCUGGGUGUACCUAUCAUAGUACAGGCAUCACAGGCAGAGAAAAACAGAGCAGCAGCAAUGGCAAAUAAUCUACAGAAGGGCAGUGCUGGUCCUAUGAGGCUCUAUGUGGGAUCAUUACACUUCAACAUAACUGAAGAUAUGCUUCGAGGAAUCUUCGAGCCAUUUGGCAGGAUUGAAAGUAUUCAGCUCAUGAUGGACAGUGAAACUGGACGCUCAAAAGGAUAUGGAUUCAUUACGUUCUCAGACUCCGAGUGUGCCAAAAAGGCCCUGGAACAACUCAAUGGAUUUGAGCUGGCUGGGAGGCCAAUGAAGGUCGGACAUGUAACUGAGCGUACUGAUGCUUCCAGUGCUAGCUCAUUUUUGGACAGUGAUGAGUUGGAACGGACUGGAAUUGACUUGGGAACAACUGGUCGCCUUCAGCUGAUGGCAAGACUUGCAGAAGGUACUGGUUUGCAGAUUCCUCCAGCUGCACAGCAGGCUCUGCAGAUGAGCGGAUCUUUGGCUUUUGGAGCUGUGACAGAUUUGCAAACAAGACUGUCUCAGCAGAAUGAAGUUCUGGCUGCAGCUGCUUCUGUACAACCACUUGCAACACAGUGCUUCCAGCUUUCCAACAUGUUUAAUCCUCAAACUGAAGAAGAAGCUGGCUGGGACACAGAAAUUAAAGAUGAUGUGAUUGAGGAAUGUAACAAACAUGGAGGAGUUAUCCACAUCUAUGUUGACAAAAAUUCAGCUCAGGGCAAUGUGUAUGUUAAAUGUCCUUCCAUCGCUGCUGCCAUCGCAGCUGUCAAUGCUUUGCACGGGAGGUGGUUUGCAGGUAAAAUGAUUACAGCAGCGUAUGUACCUCUUCCAACAUACCACAGCCUUUUCCCAGACUCUAUGACUGCAACCCAACUACUGGUUCCUGUUCGACGAUGAAGAUUAAUUUAGUCAGUUUUGUACAUAGGUAUUUUUUGGAGGAAGAUUGAGUUAUCUUUUAUUUAGAUAAAACUAAAGGAAAGGAUUUAAUGUCAUUUUGUGUACACUUCCUGCUAUCUUUAAAAAUAAAAUGAAGUAAGCAGAAAUGCAGUGUGUUCAUUCUCCCUAACUAGCAUUUCCACUGUAUACAAAGCUGUUGACUUCUUGUUCUGCCUUGUAAUUCUUGUACAUUGACAAAGGUGAUCCGUAGGAACUGAGAAGUAGCUCAUAGAUAACAAGUACUCUGUAAAAGGCAGAUGGGACAUAAUGACAUUUUUAAUGUUUCAUGAGCCUUUCUUCUAAUGCAGCAAAGACAUUUUACAUUUCACUAAAUGUGGGUGAUCUGCUCAAGGGUAGUGUCAGAGAGAGACUGGAUUGAAGGGACAUAUUUAGUGUUUUUGUAUAAAUGGAAAGUCCAAAAAGCUACUGAAUGCUGACUGCAGACAGCUACUCAGCUUGCUUUGUGCUGAAUAAUUGGUAAGAAUAGGAGGAUUGAAGGGUUUUAUUUCUUGAUGGUAACUUUUGAUUAUUGUAUCUGUAAAAGUUUCUUUGUAAAUACUGUGAGGUGUGUCUAAGUUUCCAAACAAAACAUCUCUGCAUUUCCGGAUGAGUUUCCAUGUGCGGAGUGGGGCAGAGCUGAAGAAUUUCAGCCAAGUGUGAAAAUGGGUAGGAAAUACAGAAAUGUGUUUUGUUCUGGUUGCAUAUAAUCUUUGCUCUUUUUAAGCUCUGUGAGCUCUGAAAUAUAUUUUUGGGUUACUUCAGUGUGUUUGACAAAACAGCUUGAUAUUUCUAUCAAAGACUUUCAUAUUGCAACAAUCUUUGUAAGAACCACUCAAAUAAAAUUCUCUUAAAAAGGCCUUAA